AACAGCUUGAUCAAACUAAAUUUCCAUCAUUUUGGACAAUUUAAAAAGGACGAAAAUGCACUAAUACAAUAUGUAAAUGGAGUGGUUGAUUUGGUCGAGGUGGUUGGUGUUUGUAUCUUCACAGAGCUGGUGUCGAAGCUGAUUGAGAAAGGAUUCGUCAUUGGGAAAUUAUGGUUCAAGCUACCAUAUGAAGAUGCAGAAGAUAGGAAGCCUCUAUGGGAAGAUGUUGAGCUUAAUAAGUAUAGAAUGCAAGCUUCUGGGCGUUGGUACAAGAAGCUGGAUAAGGGUUGGGAUGUUCCUGAUGUUGAAGAAGAGAGUGAAAAGGCAGCUGGCGAAGAGAACACUGAUAGAGCAAUAGUCGUUUCUUUGAAUCAAGUAAACAAUGGAGAGGCUGGAAAAGAUACUGAAGAAGAUGAAGAAGGUGAUGUAUCAUAUGAUGGUAAUGGUGAAGAGUCUGAUGUUGAAAGCAACAGUUCAGACGCAGGUUUGUCUGAUAGUUCAGAAUCAGAUGAUGAGGUUGUUGAAGAAGACCUAGCCAUCUUUGAGAAUGUGAAUUACGAUGAACAAAACAUAGAAAAGAGAAGAUGGCUUAAUAAGGAAGCUCGACUUAAAGCUCAAGAAGAAGCACAACAGGAAGCUCAACAAGAAGCUCAAGAUUUAGCUCAAGAACAAGCUGAAAUGGAGGCUGAUUUCGCUGCUCAAAUAGAAGAUCCUAUUGAAGUCCAAGAUAUUUCUUCAAGUGCCCCACAAGGAACCCAAAGAGAAAGCCAGGGCAGAAGUGAAAGAGGAAGGCAAGGAGGAAGGGGAACUCGUGGUGGCAGGCAAGGAGGAAGAGGAACUCGCGGUGGCAGGCAAGGAGGAAGAGGAACUCGUGGUGGCAGACAAGGAGGAAGA